AUGUCUUCCUUCUUCAACCUCUUCAAGAAGAGGAAUGCCCCGCUCGCUUGCAUGAUGUCCCUCGACCAGGGCCACACGCAUACCCAGGCUUGCUUCGUGGACAUCAUGCCCCUCUCGGUCGUGGAGCUCUUUCAGUCUCAGGGGUGUGCGUCCUGCCCACCGGCUCUCCCGCUCAUCCAAGACGCGACAAACAACCCAAACCUCCUGCUUCUCACGUACGAUGUAACAUACUGGAAUCCGUCCAGUGGGUGGGAAGACACCUUCGGCUCGACACAAUGGGACUCACGACAGCGCCAAUACAUAACUAAAUGGGGAAGGAAUAGUCUCUUCACACCGCAAGUCGUCAUUGAUGGUGUCUCUGACGGAAUUGGUGCAACAAAGGAGGAUGUCAACCAGGUCAUCAUGAAAGCAAUGGAUUUACGAAAUGGAAUGGCUUGGGCCCUUGGCAUUGAUCGAGUUGGGAACGACCUCAGGCUUGCGGCUGAGGCACCAGAAGCGGAUAUGGUGUAUGACGUGCUGAUAGUCACGUAUGAUCCCAUGCUUCAGACCGUUAAGCCUCGCACUGGCCCAAAUAAGUCAAAGAAGAUCCCUCAUCGCAACGUGGUCAAGGAAUUGAUGAAGAUUGGAGAGUGGAGCGGCGGAAUUUCGAGAGUUGCCCUCCCGAACACGAAGAAGGACGGAUAUGAAAGAGUUGCCCUCGUACAGGGAGGCAUUGGAGGCCCGAUCAUUGCUGCCCUGAAAUUGUAG